UUGAAAAAGAAAUAGUAGAUAAUAAUUAUAGGUAUGUGUAGACUGAAAAUGGGUGCGUUAUUCUGAACAAAUAGAGAACCAUAUAUAGCAGCACCCUUUUGGGUUGAUUUGAGAUAGAGAGUAUUGAAAGGUAAGCAAGUAAUGUAAGGUUAUAGGCAGUGGAAAAACUGAACAGACUAGUCUUAGGAGCUGUCAAAUAAAUAGGUGAAUUUUGUGUUGAUCAGUGUGUAACAAGAAACUACCAGAAUCAUCACUUGUGUGUUUCUAAAGCAAAAUCUCAAAGAGUGCCAUCUUUUUGGGAAUAACAAGUUUCUCCUCUCUUAUACAGUAGUAGUCUUUUUCCUCUCUCUUCUCAUACCACUAGUAGUAUAUAUUCAAGGAUUCAGCAAUAAUCAUCACAUAUUGUUACAUCUUAAUUACAUUCAUCAUUUGAUUCAUCAUGAAAGGGAGAUUAUUCUGUUUUAUGCUAGCUAUGAAUCUACUAAGCUGUGUUUCUGUUGCUAAAAGACCAUUUCUUUCAACUGAUGCAAUGUCCCAUCCAGACCCAAAAGAUGCACCAGUACCAUACCAAACCAUAGAGUCCAAAAAGGUAAGAGAAAAUACUAAGUCAGAGAAUGUAGGGAUGAGUAACAUCAAGAUAGGGUCAAGUCCACCAAGCUGUGAGCAUAAAUGUUAUGGAUGCAAACCAUGUGAAGCAAUUCAAGUUCCAAGUAAAAGUAGUAGGAGAAGUCAUUUGAGACUUGAGUAUGCAAAUUAUGAACCUGAGAGCUGGAAAUGCAAAUGUGGCCCUUCCUUCUACAGUCCAUGAUCAUUGAAUUAUAUGUAUAGUAUAUAGUUUAUCUCUUAGGUUCAUAUUAUAUAUAUAUAUUUUGUUCCUUUGUACAAAUCUCAAAGUUUAAAGGAUUUUAUUAUUAUGACUAUUAGUUAAGUUAGU